GGCGACAACGCAACAAGCUGCCCAAAUUGCGGCCUUCCCGACAGUAGGCAACCGGUAACUGACAAAAGAAAGGAAACACUUUAGUAAAUGAGUGAUACAACGUUUAUGUUAUGGUGUGGGGUAUAUUUUCCUGGCAUGAUUUAGGUCCACUUGAUGAAUCUAUGCCAAGGCACAUUGAAGCUGUUCUGGCAGCUUGUGGUGGCCCAACACCAUUUUACGACACUUUAUGUUGGUGUUUCCUUUAUUUUGGUUAUUACCUGUAUGUGCUUGUGAUAAAAUGUAAUCCAUAGGUAUUUUUUUUUACUAUUGGUCCUCUGUGUCUAAAUGAUGCUCUCUGGUGUAUUUUGAACAUUGAGAGCGGGCGCCUGUGGUUGGAUAAAAUAAUAAAAACAAUAACGAAAUAGUUUUUGUUGUUGUUUUUUUUCCUCUUGCGCCCACUAUGGGCUUGGGCCAGCACACAAUUGACCAGUCACAUUUAUUUAUUAUGUAGUUAAUUUUUUGUAUUUUUAUUAACCGAGACAGGGCCCCCCAGUUACCCACGUGGGCCCCCUACCUCCUCUCCUCCCCCAUCUGACGAUUAGCAGAGCAGCAGUAGACCGCAGCUGGCUAUCUACUGUACACUCACUGAGAGCGGGCUCCUGAAUCCUCCUGUGGAUCCUCCUGUUGGCGGUUGCACUCAUUUCAGCUGAAGAUGACAGGCCAGGUAACCGACAGAGACUUGUCCCCCCAUCGUCUCUCAGUGAAGACCACUGUGGAGGAGGAGACAGAGAGGGAGAGAGCUGAGAGUACUCUCAGCAGAGUGCCAUCAGAAUGUGAUCAUGAUAAUGAUGACACAUCCUCAGAGCUGGCACGGGUGGCCGCUCUCGAUGGUGGAAACAACUCAAGGAACUCUUUUCAAGGACGGGGAGCUCUGUCUAGAUUAGUGAAUUUGGUGGUGAUUCUGAGGGAGUGGGCACACAGGAGCCUUCUAGAGGAGGAGGAGCGGCCAGACUCUUUCUUGGAACGCUUCCGUGGCCCUGAGCUAAGGACUGCCCCUAGUCGCAUCAGCAAUACGCAGCCUGAUGCCAAUGGCAACAAUACCAAAGGGAGAUUUAGGAACAAAUGGGGUGUGUUCGUUGUGUCCCCAUCAGACGACAUGUACUACCGUUGGCUGUUUGUUAUUGCUAUAGCUGUGCUCUACAACUGGAUCCUCAUUGUGGCUAGGGCGUGCUUUGACAAACUGCAGACAAGCAAUUACAUCUGCUGGUUGGUGCUGGACUACCUUUCAGACGCUGUGUACAUCUUGGACACAUGUGUCCGACUCCGCACAGGGUUUCUGGAGCAGGGUCUGCUGGUGAAGGACCUCUCCAAGCUGAGAGACAGCUACGUCCGCACAUUUCAGUUCAAGCUGGAUGUCGUGUCCAUCCUACCCACUGAUCUGGCCUACAUAUCCACAGGAAUCCACACCCCAGAGCUCAGAUUCAAUCGCCUGCUGCGCUUCCCACGCAUGUUUGAGUUCUUUGACCGCACUGAGACACGCACAAACUACCCCAACAUCUUCCGCAUCUGCAACUUGGUGCUCUACAUCCUGGUCAUCAUCCACUGGAACGCCUGCAUCUACUUUGCUAUUUCCAAAUCUCUAGGGUUUGGCUCUGAUACCUGGGUGUACCCCAACAUCUCCAACCCUGAGUAUGGCUCCCUAACCCGGGGCUAUGUCUACUGCCUGUACUGGUCCACCCUCACCCUCACCACUAUUGGAGAGAUGCCUGCACCUGUACGAGAUGAGGAGUAUCUUUUUGUGGUCUUUGACUUCCUCGUUGGGGUACUGAUCUUUGCCACAAUUGUGGGUAAUGUUGGCUCCAUGAUUUCCAACAUGAAUGCCACACGUGCAGAGUUUCAGGCCCGUAUUGAUGCCAUCAAACACUACAUGCACUUUCGCCGGGUCAGCAAGGAGCUGGAAGCACGCGUCAUUAAGUGGUUUGACUACCUCUGGACUAAUAAGAAAGCAGUGGAUGAGCAGGAGGUAUUGAAGAACUUGCCUAACAAAUUGCGGGCUGAGAUCGCCAUCAAUGUGCACCUGGAGACCCUGAAGAAAGUCCGUAUCUUUCAGGACUGUGAGGCUGGACUGUUGGUGGAGCUGGUGCUGAAACUCCGGCCACAGGUCUAUAGCCCAGGGGACUACAUCUGCCGCAAAGGGGACAUAGGGAAGGAGAUGUACAUCAUCAAAGAGGGGAAGCUGGCAGUGGUGGCAAAUGACGGGGUCACACAGUACGCCCUCCUCACCGCCGGCAGCUGCUUUGGGGAGAUAAGUAUCCUCAACAUCCAGGGCAGCAAAAUGGGAAACCGUAGGACGGCCAAUAUCCGCAGCAUCGGCUAUUCUGACCUCUUCUGCCUCUCUAAGGACGACCUGAUGGAAGCAGUGACCGAGUACCCUGAUGCUAAGAAGGUGCUGGAGGAGAGGGGGAAGGAGAUCCUUAUGAAGGAGGGCCUCUUGGAUGAGAAUGCAGAGGCUGGCAGACUGGGUGGAGAGGACACUGAGGAGAAGGUGGAGAGGCUGGAGUCCUCUCUGGACACCCUGCAGACGCGCUUCGCCCGCCUGCUCAGCGAGUACACUGCCACACAGCAGCGGCUAAAGCGGCGCAUCACCAACCUGGAGCGCCAGCUGUGCCACACGGGCUGCGGGAUCCUCUCAGACGCAGACCUCUCUGACGAAGACUCAGCUUCUGAGGCAGAGGCAGACACUCUGGCUGCUGCCAAUACCGUUGAGCAGGGUGACCAUGGAAAUGAUGAGCCGACUGAAUCCACUGUUCAAACUUGAAAGCUGCCUGAGACCAUGGCUCUAGGCCUAGCACUUUCUAAGCACUUUCAAACUCACAAGGUUAUGCACAAAUUUACAAUACAUUUCCUUCCUAAUAAGAAAAUAAUUUUCAUAUUAACUUUAUGACUGUUGCAUUAAGAGGCUGUGCCUUCAGAAAGUAUUCACACCCCUUGACUUGUUCCAUAUUUUGUUUUAUUACAGCCUGAAUAUGAAAUGGAUUAAAUUUAGAUUUCGUGUCACUGGCCUACACACAAUACCCCAUAAUGACUAACCGGAAUAGUUUUUUUGCAAUUUUUACAAAUCAAUUAAAAAUGAAAAGCUGAAAUGUCAGUAAGUAUUCAACCCCUUUGUUAUGGCAAGCCUAAAUAGGUUCAGGAGUAAAAAUGUGCAUGGACUCAUUAUGUGUGCAAUAAUAAUGUUUAACAUGAUUUUUGAAUGACUACCUCAUCUCUGUACCGCACACAUUCAAUUAUCUGGAAGGUCCGUCAGUCGAGCAGUGAUUUUUCAAACACAGAUUCAUUCACAAAGACCAAGGUUUUCCAAUGCCUCGAAAAGAAGGGCUCCUUUUGGUAGAUAAAUAACAUAAAAAACAGACAUUGCAUAUCGCUUUGAGUAUGGUGAAGUUAUAAUUACACUUUGGAUGGUGUAUCAAUACACCCAGUCACUACAAAGAUACAGGCGUCCUUCCUAACUCAGUUGUCGGAGAGGAAGGAAACCGCUCAGGGAUUUCACCAUGAGGCCAAUGGUGACUUAAAAACAGUUACAGAGUUUAAUGGCUGUGAUAGGAGAAAACUGAGGAUGGAUCAACAACAAUGUAGUUACGCCACAAUACUAACCUAAAUGACAAAGGGAAAAGGAAACCUGUACAGAAUAAAACAAUUCCAAAACAUGCAUCUUGUUUGCAAUAAGAAACCAAUGUAAAACUGCAAAAGACGUGGCAAACAAAAUCACUUUAUGUCCUAAAUACAAAGCGUUAUGUUUGGGGCAAAUCCAACACAACACAUCACUGAGUACCACUCGUCAUAUUUUCAAUCAUGGUGGUGGCUGCAUCAUGUUAUGGGUAAUGUCUGCCAUCGGCAAGGACUAGGGAGUUUUUUAGGAUAAAAAGAAUGGAGCUAAGCACAAGCAAAAUCCUAGAGGAAAACCUGGUUCAGUCUGCUUUUCAACAGACACUGAGAGACAAAUUCACAUUUCAGCAGGACAAUAACCUAAAACACAAGGCCAAAUAUACACUGGAGUUGCUAACCAAGACGACAUUGAAUGUUCCUGAGUCGUCUAGUUGUAGUUCUGAUUUAAAUUGGCUUGAAAAUCUAUGGCAAGACAGAUGUCUUGCAAUAAUAAACAACCAACUUCACAGAGGUUGAAGAAUUUUUUAAGAAUAAUGUGCAAAUAUUGUACAAUUCAGGUGUGCAAAGCUCUUAGAGACUUACCCAGAAAGACUCACAGCUGUAAUUGCAGCCAAAGGUGUGAAUACUUACGUAAAUUAGAUAUUUAUGUAUUUCAUUUUCAAUAAAUUUGCAAAAUAUUCUACAAACAUGUUUUCAAUUUGUCAUUAUGUGGUAUUGUGUGUAGAUCAUUGAGAGAGAAAAUCAAUUUAAUCCAUUUUGAAUUCAGGCUGUAACACAACAAAAUGUGGAAUAAGUCAAGGGGUACGAACACUUUCUGAAGGCUCUGUAUGUAACAAACAUAACUGUGAAUAUCAAGUAUUUUCUUUGAGUUCAAUGCCAAGAUAAGAUGUAGAGUUCUUUAAGUAGAAUAAUAAUACGAAUAUAGGGUAGAGCAAUGAGUUGCAGGCGUAUACACACAAGUCACAUGCAGUCAUUUUCCACAUCCUUAACCCCAAAGGUAGGUUACAUGAGAACAGAUAAGCAGCACAGAGGGUAAGACUCCGAUCCUGGAAAGUGCCCUCAACCAACCUCAUAUAACUCUUACCUAAUGAUGAAGUGGGCCAACAACAGAGCAAUCAGCAGCCCCUAGAACAGUAUCUGGUGGAUUUCAUGGUCUUGGAGAUUUGUUGUAUACCCUGAAAACAUUUGGUAUUUUGACAGAAUUUCAUUACCAUACUGUGGCCUGUAAUGUGUUUAGUAAUCAUGAAAAUAUUGUCUUUACAGCUAAUAGUUGUAUGACCUACCAAGUCUUUGAACACAGUUAACUAAUUCAUGGCAUAUGUGUUCUAAUGUGAAUUAAAAUGUUUGCAGCCCAACAGGGCUUACUCUAAGGUUACUCAUAACCCACUGGACACAAUCUGGUUGAAUCAACGUUGUUUCAACAUAAUUUGUCAACGUAUUGUGCCGUUGAAUCUAUGUUUGAAACAUCUGGAUUUGCAAAAAGUCAUGAACCAGUACUGUUUUCAUAUCAUUUCAACCAGCAUUGCAAACAUCGAAAUUAUGGUAAAACUUAAACUUAAAUACAAUGACUUAACCUGACUAACAGGUUGUUACAUCAAUCUAAUUUCAACAUAAUCCUCAAAACUAUCUAUACGUUGAAAUUGUGUUGAAUAUUCCUCGCAGAAUGGUUAAAAAUCUCACGUAGAAUCUACAUGGAAAUUGCAACUAAAUUUAUUUAAUGUGGUGUUGUAAAUACAAUUGAACAUGCAACACCAGAUCCAGGUCACAUUUUCAUCAUAUUUUAGAUGUUGACAUUUUUGCAUAUUCUUACUAUUUAAUCAAUGUCUCUUUUUCAUCCUAUAUUCAAUUGGGUGGUUGAAAUUAUGUUGAAUUUCAUAUUUGAUAAAGAAAAUGUAUUUUACCUUGUUUCAAAGUUGAUAAUAAAAUGGUAUGUUUGA